UGGGCGGUGCUGCGCUGGUAUUGGCCCGCCUGGACGUCACAUGCUCCGCGGCCGGAUGAUGGCGGGCGCUGCUGAAGAUUUGCGAGCGCUCUUCGGGGUUGCUGUCCGCGCGGCGCUGGAGGCCUGGCCCGCCUUGCAGAUCGCUGUGGAGAACGGCUUCGGGGGUGUGCACAGCCAGGAGAAGGCUGAGUGGCUGGGGGGUGCAGUGGAGGAGUACUUCUUCCGCAAUGCUGACUUGGAGCUAGAUGAGGUGGAGGACUUCCUCGGGGAGCUAAUGACAAACGAGUUUGAUACGGUUGUGGAGGAUGGGAGUCUGCCCCAGGUGAGCCAGCAGCUACAGACCAUGUUCCACCACUUCCAGAGGGGUGAUAGGGCUGCUCUGAAGGAGAUGGCCUCUCUCAUCACCCAAAGAAAGUGCAAGGUCAGAGCCACCGCACUGACGACAGCCAGAGAGACUGAUGAGGAUGAUGAUGCAAACAGCGUGGAGGAGAUGGAGGUGAAGGGGGUGCCUCUUGGGUGUGGAGAUGCAGAUAUUUUCAGUCUUCUGGAAGAUCAGCUAGUUUCACAGGGAAGUGAUGGGGGUGGUGGUGAUGGUGGUGGUGGUUGUAUUAUCCAGAGAGGGCAGGAAACUUUCCUAAGGUCACACAGCCAGUCCUGGCAAAGCUGGGAGAGCCUGGGUUUCCAUUGGCCACAGUUGGGAGGUGUUGUAUUUAGCUCUCUCUUGUAUUUCUCCUCCAGGUCGCAGCUACGAAUGAUGGGGCAGCUACAGAUGGGGUCUGCCCCCAGCCUGGUCCAGACUCCCAGACUAUUAAGGAAGAGGAGAUAGUGGAGGAUGGCUGGACCAUUGUCCGGAGAAAGAAAUGAGUGGGGCUGGAAAUAGUCUGGGUCCUUGUUUGCUAGUUGUUUGGGGCUUGUUUGUAGGGGUUUUUUGGAGGGUCAUGGACCUCUGGACUGGUUACCCCAUCUCCACCCUCUCCCAUUCCCCUGUCCAGCUCCUUCCAGGGAAGAAGAGCCCAAGGGUCUUUGGUCUUGGGGUGGUCUGAGUGAUGAGGCCUGGUUUCCCAGCAAAGUGCCACUUGGGUGCAGUCAGUGUGAAGAGGGAGGGAUGAGUGGGUAUGGGCGUGACUAGAGGAAAAGCUAAACGCUGGCUGGUAGUAGACAGGUGGAUGUGUGAAGGGAGAGGACCAACAGGAGAACCAGUAUUCCCACUGGGUAAGGAAUGUUAAGAUGAGCUUGCUCAUGGUUAGUUGAUGAUGUGAACGGAAGUAGCUGUGGUACCUCUCCCUCGCUUCCCCCUGCCCCCACACAGAGCAGCUGUAUGCCCCUGCCCAGAAAUUGGAACCUCCCAGGAAUGCUUCCUUCCUGCAGCCCAGUGUCCAGCCCUGGGCUCCUUCAGGAUGUCUAAGACCUUGUCUAGGCAGUGAGCUUGGGGGACCUGGGGCUUUGUUUUCUGUCUCCUUCAACCUCUUUUCAAACUCCUCAUCCCAUUGAAGUCCAGGGAUGAGGCUUAAGACCUCAAUAAAUAAUACCUUAUUGUUUAAUUUGUGGCUUGACCUGUGAGUAGUCUUGGAAUCAGCCUUCUGGGAGCUGAGCUUCAGAGCUCAGCAAGGGAGCAGUUUCUGGGCCCACCCCAGCAGCCUGGUACUUUGGACAAACAAACGGACGAAUGGAGCACAGCAGCGCUCUGAACGUUUCCGUAAGCCUGAAAUAAACUGUAUUUUUCUUUAAAAAACAAAACAAA